GCAGGGAGGUUUAGGAAAGAAAAUAGAUAUAUGCAAUUACACCCCAAACACAUUUAUAUUUGUAAAUACAAUAAAUUUGAAUAAUUAAGUAAAAAAACUCAAUCUUUUCUUUACUUGUCCCAAUAGAAAAUUACUCUGGCGGAAUUAACGCCACUGAUAAAUCCAAAACACGAAAAGUUUAGAAGAGCAAAUAGCUGUACAAAAUAAAUAAGAUAAAAAUAUGUCCUAAAAAAUUCCGUCAUUGUAAUUUUCUAGUUAAAAAUAAUUUAUGAUAUGUUUGUAAAAAAAUCUCCCAUAAUUUAUCUUUAUUUUAAUUUGUGCUCAAUCUAACAAUAUGCUUUUACGUUUCACCAGAACUUUCCACCGUCAAAGCUACGUGUGUUGACUGCUUCCUUCUUUUUGACAUUAUUUUAUCCUCUCCCUAUAAACACGCGAGCCUUUUUUUUUAUCAUCCCCAAAAUCUCAAAGAUCCCCAUUUUUUUCCCAAUCCAAUCAAAUUCAAUCCGUAGCCUAAUCUGAUCUCUCUCUCGAUCCAAAAUUCAUCCCAGUUCUCUCUCUCUCUCUCUCCCUCUCCCUUCCCUUUUUCAGAUUCUCCACUGACUAUCGAAAUUGGAGCCAGUUACGGUUUGAUCUGAAGAGCAUCGACUAUGCCUCCGAUGCUCGGCGGAGGUCUCCUUCUCGUUCGAUCCAUGGCCAUGGAGCUCUUUGUUGUGAUCUCUGUUGAUGAAAGUAGUAAUUGUAGUAGUAGUAGUAGUGAUCGUUCAAACCGUCUUAAAAAGCUCGAGAAGUGGAAUCGACGUGGUAAUCUUAGCUAACAUUAGGUUUCCCUUGGAACCCUAGUUGUCUUCUUCUUCUUCUUCUCGCUUUCUUUCGUUCUGCGAUCUUUUUUCUUCUUCUUGCGAGUUUCUGAAUUCGGGUGUUGUGGCUGGAUUUGGGGAGAUUCUUGAAAAAGGGAAGAAAUUUGAAGCGUUGGGUUAUUGGACCAGUCAAAUCUUAACGGAGAUUUAAUCACUGUUAUCCUUGAAUGGGCAGUGCUGCGUCUUGUGAUGAUUCUCUUUCUGUAAGUAAUGGCUUUAGGUCAUGUUUAUAUACUAUUAGUUGUGAGGACUCAACUGUUAAUCAAAAUAAGCCCUCUUAUUAUGAUACAAAGAACAUGAAGGAAAUAUUUCUGGAGGAUCUUGACAGCCCUACUGCUGACGAGGAGUUGGACGAGGAUUUCGAAGAUUCAAUAGUCAAAGAACUUGGCAGUUCACUCUGUGAAACCCAGCAGAUUCAUGACCUUCAACCAUCCAUCGAACAUGAGAAAUCCUCUUAUGACGAUCCGGAGAAUGCAGAGGAAAUAUUGCUGGAGGAUAUUCACAGUUCUACUAGAGAGGAGCCAGAAGAGGAUUUUAAAGAUUCAACAGUCAAAGAACUUGGUAUUUCACUCUAUGAAGCUUUGCAGAUUCAUGACCCUUCUGAACCCUUGUGUGUCAGGAAUUCCAUUUCAAAUGAGGAAAGUAUAUGCGACAAAUUGGAGGUUGUGCCUCUUUCCUUUGACACAGAUGUGCUUGAGGUCUUGAACAAGCAUGCAACAAUCCUCUGCUCAGAACUAGCGCAGUCAUAUCUGAUAAAUGCUGAUGCAGGAGCUGGAUUAUCGUGUACGAUGGUACAAAAUGAGAACUCUUAUAAAGCUGAAUCUGUUGCAUUUGUGCAACCACUGCCUGCAAUGACAAAACUCAUACCUGCACUGAAAGGAAGUCGCGCCCAAAAUGGAAUCCAUCUGGAUACUAAGCUCAGUGUGAAAUGGGCACCAGAGGUUUAUGAUCCACCUAUAACCUCUUCAUCCCACACUGUUAAGGGGCACUGGAGCCAUCACCACCACGGUUCCAAGGCAAAGAAAGAUUACCUCGGCCACCACAAGUACAGCAGAGGAAAGUCAUCCAGAAACAGUAUCCCUGAGAGGAAACGUUCACAUCGGAGAACUACUUCCAGCAGUCUAAUAGAUCCUCGGGUCUCAAGGUUGCAAGAACUCAGUGUCUUAUAGGCCGCAGCUACCACUGAAUAGUUGUUGUCAGUCGAACAUUGAGCCCUUCUGGAGUCAUGACUCUCAUCAAGUAUGGAAGCGGCUGUUACAUGGAGUCACUUGCUGCAGUGCGACUUUCUGUCGCUACGGCCACUUGAAUGGGCCUGAUGUUUGAAGCGAUUCAUUUGGUUACGAGGUUCUACUACUAUUUGAAAUUACUGCUUAAUUUCCGGGUUAUGAUCAUUUUUGCUGCAAUUUGGAGACAAAAAAGAUUGUUUCAUUAAUUGUUAUUGUAUUAUUUUUGGAAACUGGAAAACAUUUUUUCUAGACUUGCUGGUACCUUCAUUGUAUUGUUAAUAACAAAACCUCCACUUUGGAUGAGGUAAGUAAAAACUCAGACAUUGCUCUUCUUUUAAUUA